GCCCUCCCUCGUCAGUACGCUCUCAGUAGCUCGCGGCAACGGACGCAGUUUCGCGGGCUAGUUGACGCAGGGCUGACGCACCACCGAAGUUUAUACCCUUAGGUUUUGUUUGUGUGCGUGAAGCAACAGUCGCGAUCGUUCGAUAGAAAGGGUAGACGGGUUUUGUUGUUUACACGCAUUUCGCGGCCACAGACACAAUAGACACUACCUGCGGAUCGAUCGCCUAGCGCGCACGCACACGCACACCCAUACACAUGCAUCGCGUGCACGUGUCAAGGUGUUUGUGUGCAGCAAAACAGUCAUCUGGGAAAGCCCCGAAAGCACGUAAUUGGCACGGUGGCUAACCGCGUUGGGGAAAGGCACACGCAGAACAAAAACAAGUCGAGGCCUAUUCGCGCGUUGAGCAGAGGCAGACCGGACCACGGGAACCCAUUACGUCGUGCGAAGUAGUACGGCUACACCACCACGCAGCCUCCGGACAGGAUCAGGGAGAAACAAUAUACACUCAACAUCAACUCUACCAUCCACCCCGCCAUCCUCCUCGAUGGGUUCCGUCUGGGUGUGCUGUCUGAGCCUGGUGGUCUUACUGACGGCACAAGCCAGCGGCAAUGACUGCACCGUUGAAAAGCACUCUGACUUGGUAUCGAAAGCGAAAUGUCCAGGAUUCAACGUUCAACUUACACUGCACACAAACCCUCGCCAGCUGGAGGUAACCUGUUCCGACAAACCCGAUUUUCAACUGCUUGAAAACCUCCAAAACCUACCCAACCUCAAGUUUGAAGAGCUGGCUUAUCAAAACUGCCCACUCCCGGUAGGCAAUCAGUCGCUCGUAGAACUGCUCUCGGCCUUUCUCGAUCGCACCCAACUUUCCUCGAUCCGCAGGCUAUUCUUCGUCGACAAUGCGAAGCUUUCGGACCAGGUCACGCUCGAUCCGCAACUAUUUGCCGAUCUGCCCAAACUGCAGGUGCUGUCGAUGAAAAAUUCCUCCCGCAUGCCGCUCGACAAUCCGCAACUGUUCAAGUACUUGCAGAGCCUAACGUGGAUCGAUCUGCGAGAAGGCGACGGUGGCAGUCGCAACUCAAAAGUGUUGCUUCACCCACUGACUCAGUUGACCACGCUCGAGCUGACGGAAAAUGAGCUCACCACACUACCAACUGAGCUGAUCACCGAUUUGCCCAACCUCGGAUCACUAACGUUGUACCAUAAUAAGUUGGAGCGUAUCGAACAGUUUGCUGACCUCCCGAAUCUCACUUCACUUGAUCUAACGUAUAACGAGCUGGUUACCCUGCAAGAGGACGUGUUCGAUAAGCUGCCGAACCUUACACAACUGUUCCUUAAUUCGAACAAGCUCACAAGCCUACCUUCCGGGUUGCUCAAGCGUAACACCAAGCUUAUAGUGUUUCGGGCAGACAACCAGCAUGGCUCCGGGCUUGUACUGGGAGAUGAACUGUUCGCAGGACUAACGAUGCUUGAGGACGUCUCUGUAUCAAACUGUAAAUUGACAACGCUGCCGGAAGGACUCUUUACCGCGGCUAGCAAGUUAACCAAACUCGACCUCAGCGACAACAAGCUUCAAAGCCUUCCGGAAAAUUUAUUGCGUGAUUCGUCCAUCUUGAAGGAGCUCUAUUUACAGAACAACGAGUUAAUGCACAAGUUGCCAGACACCCUGCUGCAGAGUAACAAUAAUCUACGCAUUCUCAACCUUGGUCAUAACAAACUAACAACAUUGAGCAAAUAUCUACUGGAUUCUAAACGCUCUUUGGAAGAGCUGCAUCUUGAAUAUAACCAGCUCUAUAUGAUCGAUAGGGAUGCGUUCAUAUCUCAGGCACAGUCACUAAAAAUGCUCAAUCUUAGCCACAACCAAGUGGCACUGCAUGAAAAUGGUACAGAUGUAUUUUACCUCGACGGUAAAACAUAUUAUAUAUCCCAGACACCGUUCCACAUCCUGGCACAAUUGACCGACCUGGACCUUUCGUACAACGCCAUUAUCAAAAUAUUUGGAGACUUUAAAGGCUUCAUGGAAAACCUUCAAUCUCUAGACCUGUCCCAUAACUUAAUCAUGAACAUUAGCGAUACGGAUUUUUCAUUUCUGUCGCCUAAAAUUGAAAAGGUCAAUUUGGAAUCAAACCGAAUUACCAUGUUCAUUUUCAAUGACAGUAAAAAAUCUACCUUCAGUAAUAGAUCUAUAAAUACUCCAAGACAAAUCCUUCUUGCAGAUAAUUCACUCAACUGUGACUGUAUUUCCUCGUCGCUAGUAACUUAUCUUCAAGAUCAAUUGAAUGCCGGUAAAUUCUUCCCGCUAAAGGGACUUCAUUGCGCUCAGCCAUCCGAGCUGCUUGGACGUAAACCGCAAGACCUGUCCCUCGAGGAUCUGCUAUGUAAAAUUGAUGUAUCCUCUGGUUUCUGUCCGACCGAGUGCAAAUGCUACAAACGAGCCCUAGAUCAGGGUGCUAUUGUAAACUGCACCGCUGCUAAUCUAACCCGAGUGCCCGUCAUCAAAAGCCCCUCGAUCAUCGGCCGAAAUAUGAUCGAGCUGUAUCUGGAACAGAAUACGAUAAAGGAGCUAUCCAACGAGGGUGAAGGGUGGAAUACCAUUCGCCGACUUAACAUAGCAAACAACAGCUUCACCACUCUGCCUGGAGAUAGUUUGCCCGUACAGCUCGAGCUUCUCGAUGUCUCUGGCAAUCAAUUGACCGAGGUCGACGCAGCCUUCAUACUCAAGCUGAAUCAUACCGCUCUCCGAAACAUCAGCCUGUCGGCGAAUCCUUGGGAUUGCCACUGUGAAAAUCCACUGCUUGCGUUUGCCGUCGAUAAUGCAGCACGCAUUACUGGCUACUCUACCCUCCAGUGCUCCGACGGUCAACCGAUCAACUCGGCUACACUGAACGAUCUAUGUGCUUGGGCGACAACGCUUAAAUUUAUAUCAGCGCGGCAGUUUCACUGGUACUUGCAGCCUGCUUACUCGCCAUCUGGUUGUACAUGAAAUAUAGCCUGGAGAUCAAAGUGUGGCUCUUCAAGCAUAACUUGCUGCAGUGGUUGGUCACGGAGGAGCAAAUCGAUAUGGAUAAGCGAUACGAUG